AUGGCGGAGUCAUCUGGGAGAAGCGAGGUUCCUACAGUACCUAUCGCUGAGCUAUACGACGCGAUCCCUUAUAAUGACGGCAGAAGCACUGGGAGCGAAUCAAGAGCUAUGAAACACUUUCUCAAUCAACAUGGUGACACAAAGAUCGGUAGACGGACUUUGGGUGCCAUCAUUUCUGAGGUCAAGCAGAUAACAGCACCGGGAAGAGCCUAUUUCAAUAUCGACCGAUUUCACCAAAAUAGUAGCUUGUCUGUCCUUCUCACUGGUCAGACUCAGUACUCCAACGGCAACGCUGCAGACCAACGAUUCAGGGUACAUGGACCAGCACUCACAAGUGCCUCUACUGUGAAAGACCGUGAUGCGCUCCGUACAGUACUCCUUAUGCAAGCACUGAGCCAUGGUCCCAACGAUCCCAACAGUACGAGGGAGCGACCUCUACAAAGACUGACCAGAGAGAGUGCCACUGCUCUCAUCUCCGGCUGUGACAGAGCAAGUAGUCGCCAUGGGACCGUGAGUGAAAAUUUUGAGAGAGCCAAUCCUGCCAUCAGCUCUGCUAUGGAAAGCCAAGACGAGACUGGUAGCUUCAACUUGAACCUGGAACAAACUCCAAUGCUCAAGGAGCUGCCGGGGAUUUCGGUGUUCAUUCCGGACAGAAAGGUCCGCAAGAGACUUAAGAGCAACCUCAAUGCGAGUCAACGUGCGGGUACCAUUUCCGCAUUCUCAGUGACUCCCGAGUAUCUCGGUGCUGACUAUGAAGUCAUCAAGAAUGGGCUCGAGAAACUUCAAGACACAGUCUUACGAAGUGAUACUCAGAGGGAUCCUGAUGGAAUCAUGUCAUAUCUUGCUCAGCGAGGAUUUACUUCCGCCGCCACAGACCUCUACAAAAAUAGCGAGCGUGACAAGCGGUGUGCAGAGUGGAGUUUCAACCUGAUCCUCGCUCAAGCGGCGACUGGCAAGAAGUUGCCGACAAACAGAAAGGCAGAUAUGAUGUCUGACGAUUACAUGGACGAAUGGAAUGCCACGUUAUCGCCCAGCACCAAAUAUACCAAGAGUACAGAUAGGAUAUGGCCAAAGCCCAGUGAAUUUCUUACUGUGAAUGAUCAAGACGUUCAAUCGUUCUUCGAUGACGUCGCGCGGACCCAAGUGGCGAAGAGUAAAGCAAGUCUGGAUGCGUUGGAAUACUCGCAAUGUAUAGCAAAGUAUCCUGGUCUGAAACGAAAAGUAAACACCAUCUUGGCAGGCCUGGGUUCGGGGAUUUUGGAGGCAGCCCGCCAGGCAGGGGACAACUCCAUUACUCGCGCUGAAGACUAUGCAGGACAGUCGUAUUUUGACUACGCUAUAAAUCAGAUCAGGCAAGAAGGAGCACAAAACAUAGAAGACCUUAGUGAGCAGGACAUAGUUAAUAUGCUUCCCGCCCGAGCUCUGACCGAGUACAACGCUCGCUUUGAUCAUUGA